AUGACGGAAGCAUUCCCAGAAGUGACAACUGAAUUCAUUUAUGAUGAAUACGCUUUAAUCUGUGAUAAAAUUGAUAUCCAGGAAUUUGGGAAAGUAUUUCUGCCAAUAUUUUACAUUGUAGUGUUUGCCCUUGGCCUCACAGGGAAUCUACUGGUGGUUUUGGCUAUUGUGAAAGAAGGCAGUAAAAGGAGCAUCACUGACAUUUAUCUCUUGAACUUGGCAAUCUCAGACCUGCUCUUUGUUAUCUCCCUUCCCUUCUGGGCUUCCAACGUGGUGAAUGGAUGGACCCUUGGGACUAUAUCAUGCAAAGCUGUUUCUUCACUGUAUUACAUAGGUUUCUUUGGGGGCAUGUUUUUUAUCACUGUUAUCAGUAUUGACAGAUAUUUGGCUAUUGUCCGAGCAACAUAUUCUCUGAAAUCCCGAACAAUGAGCCAUGGCUUUCUUGUAGUUUGUGGAGUAUGGGCAAUGGCAAUUCUAGUUUCGGUGCCACAUUUUGUGUUCACCCAAAAGGUAGAAACUGAUUGCAUUUCUGUGUCCCCUGAUGAGCUUAAGAAUAUGUGGAGGGUGUUCUGCAAUGUGGAAUUGAACACCAUCGGGUUUUUUAUCCCAGUCUGUAUCAUGUGCUAUUGCUACUUUGGGAUCAUCAAAACCCUGCUGUUAUGCAAAAACCAGAAAAAAACACGAGCCAUAAAACUGAUCUUAGUUGUGGUGAUUGUAUUUUUUCUGUUUUGGUCCCCAUACAACGUGCUGAUUUUUCUAGAAACUUUAAAGCACUAUGAGCUAUUUGUAAGUUGUAACCAAAUUAAAUCAUUGGACUUUGCAAUGCACCUGACUGAAACUAUUGCAUUCAGUCACUGUUGUCUCAAUCCUGUUAUCUAUGCUUUUGCAGGGGAAAAAUUCAGGAAAUAUCUUUAUCACAUCUGCUUACAGUAUUGUCCAUUCAUGUGUUUCUGUGGGCCCUGCAACCGCUACCAGGUCAGUUCUUCAACUAGUUAUGCAGAAAGCAUUGUGAGCAGCAACAUAACCGUAAAUACAAAUGAUCACGAUGCUUCUGUCUUUCUCUGAAAGGGAAGCUCUGUGAGAGAGACAUCUAUGUAAAUAUGUGUUCUCUGGCUCUAUGUAAAUGCGGCUUCUAUGUAAAUGUGGCUACUACGUCUCUAUGCCUGRCAGCCACUGAGAGAUUGCCAUUAUCCAUCUGAAAAGACUUAAGACCUCAGUGAAUUACUGGUAUGGUUCUUGUUAAGCAUUAAGUAUUCUAGAAUAGURAACAUUUUUAAAACAAAAACAGUACAAUUUGUCCAAGUCUGGAUAUAGAAUUGAAUCAAGAGAGAAUAWAAGAGAAAGUAGAAGAAAAAACAGUGCUCUGUGCCUAGAAGAUGGAGGAGAAUUUAAUAAUUGAGGACAGGGAAGCUAUUAAAAGUUUUAUCAUGUAAAUCUGUCAUAAAAUUGGAAGUGGUGCAAAAUUUAAAUGGAUGUAAGCCAUGUAUAUUAAGUACAAACCGUUUACAUUAAGUAAAAGCAGUAGAUCA